UCCCUCAGCACUAUAACUGUGAGCUGUACUACACAAUACCUGGAUGCUAUUACUGACAGAAAGCUUUUUAUCGUGUUCCUUACGUCUCAUGUAGUGAGUGAGUGUUCUAGGGGUGACUUGAUUUGGUACUGGAAAAUAAAAUGUCAUUUCUGGUUGCGUGUGUGAUUAUUACUGUAAAAGGAGCAGGGGCUGCCAGGCUAUGUGAGUGGUAAGGGUUAAGUACAGGAUGUGGCAAACAAACUUUACACAACUGAGCACGGAUUUUCAGAACUGUAACGUCAAAAUGAAUUCCCCAAAUGUAUUUUAUUCAACGUAUGGCCUGCAGGUGGCGUGUGCAUGCUGCGUUGGGAGCAAAUACGCGGAAGAAGUGCGGUGAAGCCUCCCCUUCCCCUCAGUGCUCCCGGGGCUGCGGUGGGAGGGCGAGAGUGACUCAGUGCGCUGGGGCUGCUAGUCACGGUGGACUCUUGCAGUUGACGCCGGACUUAGUCCUCUCCGGCCGAACACAAACGUGCCGUCUUCUCCGGCUACUCCGGAGACAUCCAGCAAGUCCAGUCCGUGCAAUCCCUGCGCGAAAGAGCCUGAGAACAGCCAUAUUUACGUGCAAGCCCAACGUCAGAGCCGUGUAUUGACAGACUUAAAGUAAAGCAAGAAGAUGGACAGGUCAAGUCAUUGUAGUUACGUUCUUCAGCAACUGUACAAUCAAAGAGAAUGGGGAUUUCUUUGUGACUGCUGUAUUGCUAUUGAUGACAUUUAUUUUCAAGCCCACAAGGCUGUUCUAGCUGCUUGUAGUUCUUACUUUAAAAUGAUGUUUAUAAAUCACCAGAACACUGUUUCACAAAUAAAUCUCAGCAGCAUAAAGGUUAGUGCACAAUGUUUUGAUCUUAUUUUACAGUUUAUGUACUUGGGAAAAAUACUGCACCUCCCUGAAAAUUUUGAUCAGCUUAAGCAAGCAAUGAGCUAUCUACAACUGUAUGUUAUUCCUGAAUGCUUGGAGGAUAUACAGGAUGCAAAUUCUUCAAACCUAAAAUGCUCCUCUACAGCCUCUAGUAGCCAAAGUUGUAAGAUGGUUUUUGGUGUGCGUAUGUAUGAGGAACCUGCAUCCAAGAAUGUAGAAGAGCCAAAUCGCUGGGUGUCAGACCCUGCCAUAUCUGUAAAUGUGCAGCAAGAAAAAAAGCAAGACACUGGCUUAAAGCCCUCAUUCCGAAAACAAAUGUGUGAGGUUGUUAAAAAGAUUAACUCCUCAAAAGCGUCAAACUCAAGGGAGCGUGCAUCCAGGCGUUUCGGAAGGAGUUUUACUUGCGACAGUUGUGGAUUUGUAUUCAGUUGUGAGAGACUUCUGGAUGAGCACACACUAACCUGCACUAACAGGCACAUGUAUCAAAACAAAGAAGCAAGUGCUAGUGAAUCAACUGAACAAGGGUCGCCAAAUCCUAAACAAUCCCCUUUGGAAGAGAGCAGGUGUAAAGUUGAUUCAAGUCAGUCUACAGAAGAUUCCCUGUCAUCUGGAAGUACAAAACAUUUUUUGGAUGAUUUGGAGCAAAUAAAAAACACUGUAGUUGAAACUACUAAUAAUAACCCAGUUAUUAUUAAAAUUGAGUCAGAUGAUUGCUCCCUUGUAGAAAUGGAUGACAUUAAUAUUGUUAAAAUAUCGGAUAAAGAUUACUUUGAUCCGUCCGAUGUUGACGAUUUGGAAGAUGAAACUGAUGAAACUCUUAGUAAUUACUGUGUGGAUGAACAGUACAGCAAAGAGGGGAAAUAUGUUCACAUCCAAGAUAUACAACCAAAAGACAGAAAUUGCAGAAAAGGAAUAAGGUAUAUGAAUAGCAGAGAAAAUGUACCAGCAGAGGAUGGCCCUGAGACUACCUGCGAGCUUUGUGGCUUGACAGUUACAGACGAUGAUCUUUCGUCUCAUUACUUAUCUAAACACAUUGAAAAUAUAUGUGCUUGUGGAAAAUGUGGACAGAUAUUAGUAAAAGGUCGUCAGUUACAGGAGCAUGCACAGCGAUGUGGGGAGCCACAGGAGCUAAUGGAAAGCAGUUCUAGAAACAGUGAGGUUUAUGGUGAGGCUAUUGAGGAGCCUUCUGCAGUGGGUGAUAUGCUUGGUGAUAUAUGGGAUGAUAUGACUGACAGCCCAAAAAAGGAAAUUUAUAAACAUUCAGCUUGCCCCUUUCGCUGUCCCAACUGCGGCCAAAGGUUCCAGAAUGAAAAUCAGGUAGUAGAGCACAUGUCUCAGUGUUUGGAUCAUGAAGGUUAUAGACAUUCUGUUUCAGAUGAGAAUGAGCGAGAUCACAGGAGAAAGCAUUUCUGUGAUAUCUGUGGUAAAGGGUUUUACCAGCGCUGUCACUUGCGAGAACAUUAUACAGUUCACACUAAAGAAAAACAGUUUGCCUGUCAGACUUGCGGAAAGCAAUUUUUGCGAGAGCGCCAGCUUCGUUUGCAUAAUGAUAUGCACACAGGAAUGGCCAGGUAUGUGUGCUCGUUAUGUGACCAAGGGAACUUCCGAAAACACGACCAUGUCCGUCACAUGAUUUCUCACUUGGCAGCUGGGGAAACUAUAUGCCAAGUCUGCUUUCAGAUUUUCUCCAGCAAUGAACUCUUGGAACAGCACAUGGAUAUCCAUCUUUACACAUGUGGUGUUUGUGGUGCAAAAUUUAACCUGCGCAAAGACAUGAGAUCACAUUAUAAUUCUAAGCAUUUUAAAAAGGCAUAGUCAUCACAUCAGUUUCUUCAAUAAUGAAACACCUAUGGUUUUUAAUGGAGAAGACUGAUACAAAAAGUACAACUUGCUUACAUGGGUAGAAGCAGGUAUUGUUAUACACAGUAUAAGUUGGUGGGAUGUAACCAUGCACUCCUAAGUUCCCCUUUUUGUCAUAAAUACAGGCAACUAAUCAGGAGGUGGGUGCACCCUACUGAAAAAAGUCACUUCUUAAGUUACACACAGUACGUUGAAUCAUUUAAACCUAUAUCUGUGAAUAUUACUGCAUGCUCCUACAUUCAAGAUACACUUGUAUUUUACCAUUAGAAGUCCUUUAAUAUAGGAAAUGCAUAGCGGGGGCUCAUAAGUUGUUGCUGGGAGGUCUUCCCCCCACACUUGCAAUAUUUCUAGACAGUAAGUUACAUUAUAGUCAUGUUUUUCUUUUUACAUAAAAUAGUCCUGCUGUCAAUUUUAAUGUUAGAGGGUUGUACCUAAUACAUUUAUGUAUUUGAUAAGUUCAUUGGGUUGCUUGUUCUGCUUUAGCCAGGCUUUCUUAUCUUUCUCAUUCUGCCAGUUAAAUCUGUAGCCGGCAAAGCAAGCCAACAGUGCUGUACAUGUAAAUUAUGAUUUCAGAUAAAAGGUCAUAUGCAUAUAGGCAGUAACUUACCUCAUGCAUGUACAAAAUGUGAAUUUUCUUUUUUUUUUUUAAUCAAAGUUCUUACUUUAUUCAAUUUACACAUUUUCAGGCACACGUGAACACAUAAAAUUAUAUAAAUUUGGUCUUAGUUAGUAAUUGGAGAUGAAGGCUUAGAAAAGAAAUAUGUUUUUCUUAAAAGGGAUAUAAUGUUUGUGCAUUCAGAUGUAGUAAAUCAGUAUAGUAUGACAAUAAUGCAGAUUAUAUAUGCACACUUUUCAACCUCUCUGGGAACUUUUCUCAUACAUCGUAGAGCUCCAUGAUUUAGGCAAGUAUAGCUACUGGGAAAAUAUUAUAUAGUAAAUAUUUCAUAACUGGGUAUGUCUAAAUCAGAGUUGUCUGUUAUAAUGUAAAAGGCUGCAUAUUAUAUGUAUUAUAUGUUUUAUAUGUCAAAAUUGUAAUACAUAUAUAAGAUACAUAUAAAGUAAAGGCAAGUUUGUACCCCUAAUAGUCACAAUGUUGUUGGACAAAGUUUCUGUUAAUGUCCUAAUAAAUGAUAAGCGACACUGACAACCCAGUGUACUAAACUAGUUUAA